GUCUAGUAAAUAUGUUCCAGACAACAUCAUUUUAUUCAUUUGCAACAACUGGCUGCAGCACAGACAACGAGGCAGCCAACGCUCAUGGCGACGGAUUGGGACCUCCGGGACUUCAUCUACGGCCUGGACGAUCUAGACGAUGUUGAGAAAGAGCAAUGCUUCACGGCUCUGAACAGGCACGGUUUUUCGGCUCCUAGUAAGCGCCGAGCAUUCCUCGCGCUCGAUGACGCCGAGCUGCAGACUGCAGGCAUCAGUCAGAUGAGCACCCGCAAGGUUCUGCGACUGGCGAUGGGCGCCCUGUCCGCGGCCACCACCACCCCGUCAUCCGCCCGUAAGUCGGCCGGCAUCACUACCUCGUGGUGGCCUGCCAGCUGGCUUGGUUCCUUGGCACCGCUGUGGUCGCACGUGCACGGAGCAGGAAGUGUCGAGGGCAGCCUGCAGCAGCAACAACAGCAGCAGCAGCAGCAGCAGCAGCAGCAGGAGGAGGAGGAGGAGGAGGAGGAGGAGGAGGAGGAAGAGAAAGAGGAGGAUUCAGCUGCAGCAUCCACCAUGCCUGUUAGUGCGGGCCCGCAUUCAGUCCUGGGCGCUGACACGCACACUCGGGGCGCGUGCCACAGCAGGUUGCAGAGCAGCAGCAGCAUCUCGGCUUGCCCUUCCUCCCAGCACCCUCUGUCUGCCUGUCGUCAGCGCCGCUCACACCGCGCUGGUCCCCGACAGGCGGUUUCGUAGGGUACGUCGUAGCGCUGGUGUGGCGGAUGCUGCUUGGGAUCCUGACCAGCAACACGUGCACGAAGGCGGCGAUGCAGCCGGCGUGGUCGAGCUUUCUGGGGUGCAGUGCGGAGCAGGGCGCGUCCCUCAUCCUGCUGGCGAUGCACCUCGCUGGUGCGCUGACGAACUGCAGCGUGCACCAGCUGGUGGUCAGCGCGGUUGAGCUGCUACAGGGCCUGGGCUCACGCUGCUGCCCCGCCUGGCUGCGUCAUGCGGUGCCGGCUUGGGUGUGCAGCGGCUGGCUGGGCUGCACCGCGAUUGAGGCGGCGUCUUUCGUUGCCACGAUGGUUGCGAACUGGGUGUUGCUGUCCGUGGCACUCCUAGCGGCCCAGCUGCUCCCGCCGUUCUUAAGAACCGGCUAAGCAUACAUCGGCGGGGCGCGCGGCUGCGGCGCUCCGGCCCCUGCGUGUGCCUUUAACCCGGCGGAUGGAUGGAGGAUGUAGGACGCGCAUGCUGGAGGGUGUCGGUCCUUAAAGGCGGCGGUUGGUCGGAUUCGCUGUGGUGUGCCGCUGUCGUGCGGCUGCUGUAGAUUGGGGAAGGCGGAGGCCUGCCCCACAGCAGGAGGGAGACAGGGAUGUAGGGGUUGAUGUAGGUGUGUCCCCCGAGACGGAAUGCACUGAUGGUGGUUUGAAGUGGUGGUGGUCGGCGAAUAGCUGGCCGGCAGAGCAGAAUAGCGCGGCGUGGUGAGGACUCGCGUCCUAUGCCACGUACUCGUGUCAGUACGCAGGGAACGAAAGGCGCCAGUAGGCCACAUGAUGCAAUUCGUAUUGUCAUGCGGAUGUCGAGCGUGUGUGCAUGUGUGUGGUGCGCACCCCUCACGCCAGCAACGACAAUUUCAGGGCACAGCAAUGUGAAUGAAUAUGUUUAGGUGUGAAUGUCAUGAGUACUGCAAACACAUGGCUGGAGGAGGGAGGGGCGGAUGUGCUGCACUGCUGCUGCGGAUAAGCGGAGGGUACAAAGGCGAAGCUGCCGAUUGGACCAUCGUGUGCCAUUUGGGGUGCUAUAUGUUUAUUAUGGAGGCCAGUCGGCAUGACGUCAACGAUUGUGUGGGGAUGUGUGUGCGCGUCUACGUAUGUACUAAAUGUCUGUUGAUUGUGAAGCAAGAUGAAGGAGAACCCCGGGCGAUGCCACGCUUGCAAUAACUAGUGACAUAGUGUGACAUACGUUAAACCCCGUUCGCAGGGAAGCGCUCAGGCAUUGUAAACUGUUAGGAUGGGGUGCCCUUUUGAGGGGCUGCACACACGCACAGCAUUCGUGCAGUCAGGUGCUGCAUCGCCACAUUGGGGGUGUAGACACAUACGCUUGCAUGGUGCGUACGUUAGCCGUUAGGAGGACUGUCGGUAGUGAAGGCUGGGUGGUUGCAAUCAUCACGGGGGUGGGGGAGGGUAGCCAUCCAUCAUGGGGGAGCCGGGAAGAAAGCAUGCGAGGCGGGCCAGCGCCUCUUAUGUUCAGUGUUUGAUUGUACAGAAGUUGGCACCAUUUCACCAACAUGGUGUGUAGGCGCCUGGCGUUACCAGUGUUUCAACGAGGACGAUUCGACUUAAUGAACCCAGGGUUGAGUGCAGGAGUGGGUUGUCGCAUAUAGGCCGUGUACGUAGUCAGUAGGGAUGCGGUGGUGGAGUCAGGAGGGGCUGCGGGUAACUGUGGCAUGGCGUGCAUGUGCUGAAAUGUGAAAUCUGGCGUCCUUGGUUUUGGCUCGAAGCCAGAAACACUCCACUGGCCUUGGUGCGAGGACAGCUGCAUGAAAGGACCGACAGUGUGUGUCAAUGUUAUGGAAGUAGUGGUUUGGCACGCGCGACAUGGCCUGGGCUGAGCAAAGCGCCCACUUGUUUUGUCAUAACUUGAGCAUACAUAGGAUUGGGGUAUGGAGCACGCUAGGUGGUGAACUGCGAGGAGGACGGCGGGGAGGACGUGGAUGCACUGAGCGUGCGCGAGCACUGAGUGACACCCCAUGUAAUGUGGGUGUGAG